GAGUCUGCCUUGGAGUUCCAGACCCGGCGUGCAACGGGUUCAUGGUACAAGACGGUCAUGAAAACCCUGAACCUGAUCCACGACCCCCGGGCGUUGCGACGGUUUGGCACGACAAUCUCUCCAUCAGCACCCGUCGUGACGGAUGAUGAUCCAAGGGCUGCAACGCAGUGGUUCUGCUCGGAGCGGCGCAAACUGGAUGAUUUCUGGUCUCUGUUGACCGAAAUUGCGUCGGCCAGAGUAUGGUCUCAGAUCCAAUUUGCUACCUGUGUACCCAACACCCUCGUGGCUGCCUUGCAUGCAAACAGUGCUGUCGCCAACGAGUCGCUGCAGGAACAGCGCCGCACUUGGGCAGCGGUGCUGCACACCGAGAAGCUCCUCGCCAACCAGAAGCUUGAGCCAGGGAUUCACGAAAGCCUCUUGAAUCUCAUGAACGACAUGGCGUGGAACCGUUUGCAGGUGGCACGGGAAACGUUCUUGGUUUGCCAGCGCGGCGGUUGGACAUGCCAGUCCGCUGAGAUCAGGGAGCAGGCAACUUUGAUCUUCAGCGGACCUGCAAACACCAAAUACGACCUCGAGGACUUGUUUGCCCACUUGGCAAAAGUGGGCCGAUCGUCCAACCUACCGACUGCCAUGAACAAGUGGACGAGAUACUUCUAUUGCUCGAGCUUGGACCGUGGCACUCAGUGGCCCCGUCUCAGAACGACACUGCAGGAUCACGAGGAAAUGAAUGCCACCCCUGAGCUUGAACGCCAAAUGACGACAAGACCGGGGAAGGUUUUCCGCAGUGUGGAUGCGACGAAGCUCGACCCUGAGACUCGCAAGGGAAUAGUCCAAAUGAAAUUGGAGACUUCCCGCAAAGCCGGAACCCUGGCAAACCAAAGAUCCGCUGCAGCAACUGCCUGGCUGUCGGCGUACGGCAUGGGCGGCGCGCAGCAGCUCGACAGCGUGCAGAUGGCCUGGACAGGCGUGUUCUUCACCAAGGGCGCGAUUUUCGUCAACGAUCAGGCAAGCAUUGCCUGUCUGUCGAUGUUCUUCACCCUCGGCGACAGCCCUGCACAACUGCCGACCUGGAUGAUCAAUGAUCGCAUCGAGGGCUCUCCGUGGAAGAGGUGCCCAGUGGAAGUGAUGCACCCGCUGCAGGUGCCAAUCGACCUCCGACGUCACGCAGUGGUCCUCGGCCAAUGCGGUGACUUGUCCGAGCUGGUCCCAGCCGCUGUGAGGGGCGGCGUCUACUUGACUGUGGAUCAGCUGGUUGCCUUGCAUGGCCAUUACGGCUUCGACCUGCCCGACGUGGGCUGCGGCCACGGAGUCAACGGCAAUUUGAUCAAGAAGGACUACGCUGAAGGGUUGGUUCGCCACCUCUUCAGCGCGGAGGGAACUCCGCAGAUGGUGGAUGCAAUCAUGGGCCGGAAGGAGUCCAGUCUUGGAACCGCAUCCAGGCACACGAAUGAUCUUCUGAAGGCGUUCAAGUCUUUAGAUCCCGAAGACCAGCCCGAUUUCGAGAAGCUGGCAGAUGUGGCCCUGGACGAGAAGAGACGUGCGGAGCUUCGUCUCCAGCGAGCAGAUGUGUCUGUUCCGCAUGGUGCGCCUAGGCACGAGACGCCGAAGGUUCUGACAACGCUUCUUCCAGAGGGAGAUGGUUUCGUGUGCCAGGUGAACCGGCAUCCCACGCUGCGGAGGAAUCGCGCAAUCGCGCUCCAUGGCCUGGAGUGGCCCGCGGUCGCCGGCGGAGGAGCAUGA